CAGCGGCGGCGGCGCGCAGGGAGGUGCCGAGCCAUGCUGUACUCCACCAUGCUGUACUCCACCAUGCUGUACUCCAGCAUGCUGUACUCCAUCGUGCUGUACUCCACCAUGCUCUACUCCACCACCGCGCAAUGCGUCAACUGCACCCCGGGAGCGGCGUCCACGGAGGCCGCCGCGAGCACGCCGGGGCACCCGGGCACGGGGGGCGCGCCGCUCACGGGCGACGCGCAGGGCUCCCUGGGCCUGCAGCCCCCGCUGCGCGUCCGCACCGAUCUCUGGAGGGUGGCGCUGCAGCUGCUCAUGGUUGUCAUGUGUCUGGCGGCUGUCGCAGGCAACCUGCUCGUCGUGGUGAUCAUCGCCGUCACCAAGCAGUUCCACUCGGUCACCUCGGUCUUCCUCGUCAACCUGGCCGUGAGCGACUUCUUGGUGGGCGUGGGGGUGAUGCCGUUCGUGGCUAUGUCCGUCAUCUACGACGGCUGGGUUCUACAGCAGGGGCUGUGCCUCUACGUGGGCUACACCUGCACCCUCUACUGCACCGCGUCGGUCCUCACGCUCGCAGCGAUCGCCCUCGACCGCUACCGCGCGAUCAUCGACUGCUUCAACUACAGCUCGCAGGCCAACGUGCGGAGAACCGUGGGCACCGUGGGCUGGAUCUGGGUGCAGGCCGCCUUGUCCAGUAGCCCGCCCGCCCUCGGCUGGGGCCGCUUCGCCUACAGCUCGUGGGCGUUCCGAUGCGCCGUGGACAGCGCCAGCAGCCCCGGCUAUACGGUGUUCGCGGCCGCCUGCUCCUUCGCCCUGCCCGCCUGCGUCAUGAUCUUCUGCUACGUGCGCAUCGUGCAGGUGGCUCGUGACCACGCGCGCAGGAUCCACGACAUUGAGACGCAGCUGCAGCGCAACGGCAAGAAGAAGAGCGACGAGUGCGAGAAGGAAGAGCAGACUCGCAGGAAGAGGAGGACCAAGAAGACCAAGCACAAGAAGAAGAAGGUGGUGGUGGUGCAGCAGGAGGAGGUGCAGGAGGAGGCUUUGCGCAGAUCGGCGCAGCCCAUCGCCGGCAUCCCCACCACCAACUCCCUCCCCGGAGAACAUUUAUCUGGCACGGCCGCGAACCUCAGCGUGCCCUCCUUCUCCUCGACCGGCUACAACUCCUCCUCCACCACCUCCUCCUCCUCGUCGUCAUCCGCCUCGUCCUCGUUCGAGCACCCGGCGGCUCGCGUGUUCGCGGAGCCGCACUCGGAGGAGACCCCCAGCGGCGGCGGCUCGGAGCCGGCGACUCGCGCGCGGAGCCGUCGCCACGACCUCUUCGCGCGCUACAACUCGCCGGGCCGCGAGCACCACGGCGCCUUCCGACUCUUCCUCGUCAUCUUCGCCUUCUUCUGCUGCUGGUUGCCCUACGAGGUGGUGAGCCUGGCGCUGGCAGUGCGGCCCGCGGCGGGCGUCCCCUACACGGUGCUGACCCUCGCCUCGUGGCUCGCGCUGCUCAACUCUGCCGUGAACCCGCUGCUAUACGCGCUGCUCAGCAAGAGGUUCCGCAAGGCGCUGGGCAGCCUGCGGCAGCGCCUGGCGGCCAGGCUGAGCCUCGUGGUGGGCGGAGACCGCGUCCACUCGUCGCCGUUUGCGGUGAGCAACGCGACAAACAACCAUAAUCAUCAGCAGCAGCAGCGUGAACUUUCACAGCAGCAGCAUCACGUGCACCAUCAACAGACUUUUCAGCAGCUGAGCUUACAGCAUCAUCAUCAUCAUCAUCAUAACAACAAUCAUCAGCUUCAACAGGAUGAGCAUCAUGCUUUUCAUCUGCGCGAUCAUCAUCUCAAUAAUCAUCAUAAUCACGAUCAUCUUCAGCAGUUGCAGCACCACCAGCAGCAGCAGCAGGUGAACAAAGGCUGCUGCAGGAGACAGAGCGGGAACGGCAACGGAGCCGGUGCCGUCCCAAUGUCCGUGCUCUCGGAGGCCGCGGGGGAGCUGAGGUGCGGCCCUCACGGCCGCACCUACUCCCUCUUCUCCAUUGCGUCUCUCGCCAACACGGGCCCCGCCACGCCGGGCAUCUCUCCCAUCUUCCACCAACUCGACCCCCCAGCGCACCCGCUGCACUUCUCUGGGCUGCAGGAAGAGGCGCAGCUCCUGCAGCUUCGUGGCUCCGCCGUGGGGCCACGCGGGCGCGAGCACUCGGACGAAGUGUUACUCAAUCCUCUGGAGCUCGAGACAUGCCUGGAGGAGGAGCAGCAGCAGCAGCAGCACAUGACGCUGGAGGUACCAGUGCUGCCUUUUCAGCCUCUGACUAAUGGACAGCAGCAGCUAGAGCACAGGACGGCGGAUGAUGAAGCCACCAUCGCCACAACUCCCUCCUCAACCUCUUCCUCGCCUUGCCCAGGCUCCACCUUUACGUUUGGGAAGAUCACGGUGGAGGUCGAUGACUGUGAAACAAGACAUUAGCGGAUUCUUCAUAUCGCACUGUAUCAGAUUUGUUUUGUUUAUGAACGGGCAAUUGACCGUGAGUAACGUGAGCGUAAGUGUCUCCCUGUUCAAAGUGAGCACUGGGCAGUUGCUCAAGCUGCCUUACGGACCCAAGGCCGGUGGCGGAGAUGUCCACGUUCCUACGGCGAAUAAACCGGACGGUCAUGAAUACAA